UUUAAAUGUCUCCUGGGCUCUCAAGGUGACCAAACGGACAGAGAAGACGCUCGCCGGAAUCCAACCCUCCAUCUCUCCACCAGCGGAGCUUGCGCCCAAGCUCAACCAGUCAUGAAAGCAGCCAUCCUGCUCAUCUGUGCCCUCGGCACCACGUGGGCCAUGCCAAUGCAGGUCUACCAGCAGAUGCAGCAGCAGAUCCAACUCCAGCAGCAGCCGCAGCAUCCGGGCAUUCCUGCCCUGGCGACCAUCAGCCAGGAGAUGAUGAGAGACAUUGCCCGUUACAAGAGCUUGAUGCAACAUUAUCCAGAGCUCUUUCAUCAACUGAACUUUCCGGAUUUGCAGCCCGGGGCCCCCAUGAAUCCGGCCCAGCAGCUUCCACAAGUGCCUCACGGACAGGCUCCAUCAAUGCUCCCUCCGCAGCAGCCAUCCCAGGUGCCCUCCCAGCUGCCCCCUCAAUUGCCCCCUCAGUUGCCAUCAGUCCUGACGCCACCAUUGAACCCACAGCUUCCUCCUCAGAUGCCUCCACAUUUCCAGCUGAUUGAAGCUCAGCCAGGUUGGGAGCAGCAGUACGAGUACGACGCACCAUACCUGUUAGCACACGGGCCAGAUCAGCAGUCACCGGCUUUGCCCACAGCAGGUAAUGUGCCAGUGCCAGCCACACCACAAGCCCCAGUGGUACCAGGACAGCAAGUCCAACAGCCAGGCCAAGGCACCCAAUUGAACCAGCCGGGCCAGACGCCCAGUGCACAGGGCCACCUGCCUGUCCCCGGCCAGCAGCCACAGAUGUUCCCCACCUUUGGCUUUGUUCCGGUUAUUCCACCUCAGACGGCCAAGCAGCAGCAGUUCUCUGGGUAUGGCCUCCUUCUGCCAGCAUCAUUCCCACCACAGCCCGUCCAGCCGGGCCUGGAGCAGCAGCCCCCGCAGCAGCAGCCAUCUCAGUCGAUGUUCCCUCAGCUUGUCUACUUUCCUCUCCAGACCGGCGUCAUGGCUGGUGCCAUUGGGAGCGUCAGUUCUGAAGAGAUGCAGCAGUCAGCUGGAGAUAUGUCCCCUCCCAUGGCUGGCUUCAUCCCUGGCUUUGCCACGCCCACCUUUGGAGGUGGCUUCCCCAACUUUGUUGGAAGUGGACCAGCAGUAGGGGGCACCGUGCCAGUAGCAGGAGGCAUCCCGACAGCGCAAGGAACCCAGCCUGGAGUCCUCCCUGAGGUCAAGCUGCCGAUACCAGUCGGUCAAGGCGGCAGCCCCACCAUCCCUGAAGUCAUUCCCAUUGGUCAAGGAAACAUGCCACCUAAGACUGAAGGAGCAGUCCCGGCUCAGGGAGGCCAGCAGCCUUCACCUCAAAUGAAACUGCCCAACAUGACACCCGAUGGGGUCCUGCUGGAUGGCCCCGUGCCACCUGAGGGCACCGUGCAGUCAUUUGCCCCAGGAAGCACUCAGGACACCAUUGGUAAAAAAUCCCCAACUGCGGCGCCCGACCCUGCCACCGUGCCAAAGGCACAAGCUCCCACACCGCCAGAGGUGGAGAUGCCCGACCUUGACGACUACACAGCAAACUUCUACCUACACCCGUAGAGAUGCGCCAACGUGGCUCUCACCGUUGUGCUCUUCCACUCGGUCCUCGAUGAGCCCACCCUGACAGGCUUGAUGGACUGAAUGGUCCCCCCUGUGUAUGUCCUCCUGUUCUUCUUCCUUUAAUCCUGCUGAAUGACUUGGCGUCUCUCUGUAGUUCUCAACCUGACGCCAUGUUGGCCAUUAAGCUGCAGUAUGUUACUGUACAGUACGGGGAGCUGGGGACGAUUAUUUAAAUAAAAGGAUCUGAAAGCA